GCGUGUUACCUGGCGAUGUGGCGCGCGACGCGGAGGUUGGCGAUGGCAACGGCGGCGGCGGCGCCGUCGUCUCCCCUGGCGGGCGGGGGGAGGGCAGCGCCGCUGCAUUUAUCAUCGCUGCUGGGCGGCUGUUUAUGUCAGUCGAGCCGCCGCGCACGGAGGUGGAUCUCUCCUGCCUCUCUCGUGGACCCGAAGGUGAACGGAGCGCGUAUUUUGUUUAGGGAGAUCAACAACACAAUCAUGCCUGAGAUAAAUACAGAUGAAUUGGAUGAGCAACAAGUGCAGUUGCUGGCAGAGAUGUGCAUCCUAAUAGAUGAAAAUGACAACUGGAUCGGUUCAGAAACAAAGAAAAACUGCCAUCUGAAUGAAAAUAUUGACAAAGGAUUAUUGCAUCGUGCUUUCAGCGUUUUCUUGUUCAACACGGAGAAUAAGCUACUGUUGCAACAGAGAUCAGAUGCCAAAAUCACUUUUCCAGAUUGUUUUACCAAUACCUGUUGCAGUCAUCCCCUAAGCACCCCCCUUGAGCUGGAAGAAAAUAAUGCCAUUGGUAUUAGAAGAGCAGCGCAGAGAAGACUGAAAGCCGAGUUAGGAAUUCCACUGGAUCAGGUCACUCCAGAAGAAAUCUUCUACCUAACCCGAAUUCACUACAAAGCCCAAUCCAAUGGAACGUGGGGAGAACAUGAAAUUGAUUAUAUCCUUUUUGUGCAGAAGAAUGUACAGCUGGAUCCAGAUUUCAAUGAAAUUAAAAGCUACUGUUAUGUGACUCAAGAAGAAUUGAGAGAACUGCUGGAAAAGGCUUCUAGAAAUGAAAUUAAGAUUACUCCAUGGUUCAGACUAAUUGCAGAGACUUUUCUCUUUAAGUGGUGGGACAACUUGAAUAAUUUGAAGAGAUAUGUUGAUCAUGAUAAGAUACACAGAAUGUAACAAAUAGGGCUGUCCUAAAAUAUCAUAUCAUAAAUUUUUCAUACUGAAAUUAUUUGUUGAAGCAAUGUAUUUGCAAAUUGAUUGUAACAGGAAAUUAGGAAUAGGCCCCUUUAAACGGAAGUUAGAUAUUUAUCUCACAUUGCAUAGCUGGCUUGCUCCUGGAAUAUUUCUUUUCAUUUCAUGGUAUUAAGUAGUGAUUAACGAGUUUGCACUCCGUGGAAACCACUGUAAGUCUGAAUAGUCGCCAAGCCACAAUGCCAUGGGAGUAAUUAGGGCUUGAUUACAAUCUCUCCCACAAUAUCUGUUUGCACAAUAUGGAACACAUCAGCUUACCAGUUUUAAGUGUAGGUAAAAUGAAGAGGUGAAUCUGAACUAGUCAACCCUAAAAGCUUUUGUAUUUUAUACCAGUCUUACUGAAACAUGCAGCACAGCAGUUUUUCUAUACUGUCCCUCUUCAAGUUACCUACUUAUCUUUCAGGUAAUUAGCACUUCCAUAUUUAUACUUUACACUGUUUCGUGUUUGACUUGCUUUUGAAGAACCUAUUCACUUGGAAGCUAUUCUAGCACAUAAGAUAUACUUUCCCCAUUUGAAAAGAUACCCAACAUUUCAAACUAGAAAUGUUAAAAUUUCUGUAUUCGUAGAUUCUAAAUGUCUUUCCUGUAGGAAUUAAGCUAUGAUCUAAAAGAAAGGAAAUCUUAAAUGUAAAUAACCUUUUUCACAGAAUCUUGAAAAAUACCUGAGCUAUUAACAACCAAUAAAGGAAAGAUUGUUAGACAUAUCCUAUGGUCUAGGCAAAUGGUGUUGGUAUAUUUUUCGUAAAUACAAUUAUGAACCAUGAAAAUUAAAGUUUAAAGAUUGAACCUGA